UCCUUCCCUGAUACUGGCCAUGGAGAAUACUUCAAACACUAGGUUUUGGAAUUUAACAAUUGAAGAUAGCGUUUCUUGUUCUAARGAGACUUUCGAGUUUAGAAUGACAAAAUACGCAUUUUAUGGCGUCAUUUUUGUUAUCAGUUUUAUUGGGAAUUCAUGCGUUUGUGUGGUAGUAUGGAGAAAAGCUGGUAUGAAGACAGUGAUGAAUUACUUUCUCGUGAAUCUUGCCGUUGCUGACCUUGCCUUUACAGUCAUUUGUAUCCCAUUUGACCUUCCGGUCCAAGAAAACGGCUACAAAUGGCCUUUCCACGAAUCACUUUGUAAGGUAAUAUUCCCACUUCAGACAAUGUGCGCUUUUGCAUCGGUGUUUACCCUGGCGGCGAUCAGUUUGAGUCGGUUUCGCGCUGUCGUGCAUCCGAUGAAACGCCAACUAAAUCUACCGGCCACGCGAGCUGUCAUUUGUAUCAUAUGGCUGUCAUCGUUAGUGUUUGUAAUUCCUUAUGGUCUUGUUCUUCGUGUGAAUAGAGACACUAACCAGUGUGAAGAAGACUGGCCGCAACCUGCACACCUCUAUCGAACGACGUACACCAUUAGCAUCUUCAUUGCACAAUACCUAAUACCAUUAGCUCUCAUCUUCUGGGCUUAUGUGAGGAUUUACUUUGAGAUGGCGGCAAAUUCUGCACGGUAUCAUCAAUGCACGCGCAAUGAGCACGCUAUAGAGACACGGAAAGUCCUUCGUACAGCAAUCGCAGUGACAGUACUUUUCGCCAUCUGCAUGUUACCCAAUCAUAUUGUCUGGGUGAUGAUGGACUUCAUCGAAGACAACAGUUUUAUUGGUUGUAGUAGUUGGUUGGUAGUGGCUAAUAUUUGUGUGUUUGCUAACAGCGCCGCGGAUCCUAUCGUCUACACUGUAUUCCACGAGAAAUACAGGAAAGAGUUUGUGAGAUUUGCGACUGGUAUAUGUAGGUUAUACACAGGGAAGAGGAGAAAUCAUAACUUGGAGGUCACGGUGACGUAUUACGGUAAUGCGUUCACUGAAAACAGUCAUCAUUGCCAUGGCAACAAGAUGAGAUUGACAACCAAUACGAGUACGAACUCCGUACUUGACAAAGCAAGAGACUUGAAUGAUGUUAACCAUCAUUGCCAUGGAAAUAAAGUCAGAUUGACAGUCAAUACGAGUACGAACUCCGUACUAGAUGAUACAAGAGACUUGAAUGAUGGUAACCGUCAUUGCCAUGGAAAUAAAGUCAGAUUGACAGCCAAUACGAGUACAAACUCCGUACUAGAUGAUACAAGAGACUUGAAUGAUGGUAACCAUCAUUGCCAUGGAAACAAGUUGAGAUUGACAACCAAUACGAGUACGAACUCCGUACUUGACAAAGCAAGAGACUUGAAUGAUGGUAAUCAUCAUUGUCAUGGAAAUAAGUUGAGAAUAUCUCCUAACAUGAGUACAAACUUGGUACUGGAUGAUACAAAUAAGUUGAAUGAUAGUAUUCAUCAUUGCCAUGGAAACAACGUCAGGUUGAUAAUCAAUACGAACUCGUAAAUAGAUGAAACAAGAGACUUGAGACUGCAUCUUCUUGGUAACUGCACUUGGAUACCAACCAUAUCACGUCUUGCAUCAAUGUACCCCCAAGAACUAACCAAUGACAUUAACUGAAGUCCCAAUCAGUUCUAUCUUUACAUCCUCUAUCGGGUGGGAAGCUAGUGUAGAAGAAAGAAAGACUAACAAUGACAUAUCGCCAAAGGAAACGGAUUUAUUAAGCAUCUUCAUGACACAGAGUGUACUGGAUUUAUUCCUUAGAAGUGCGACGCGAGUUUACGGCUAACUUACAUUGAUGCUUGGUACUCGAGAUGUAAGGAGGAUUAUAACUUUAUAACUUGAUGCAAAAAAAAAAAGAAAAAAAGAAAAAAAGA